AUUUUGGAUAUGUGUACUCUAUACAAUCUCCAUGCGCGUAGAAUCAGUUUUGCACGAUUGCGCAACAAAAAUGCUUCUGCAAACACGAGAGAUCCAAAUAAAAAAUAUCUCACUUCCACACCGCUGGUCAUUGUUUUAUCAGAUUUUCAAGUGACUGUCGAUAAGGCUGCUGCGUGUGCCAGCGAUUCGACGAUUCUCGUUUUUCUGGCUGCCCAUAAUCAGUUAGCAAACUCAGUUUGUUAUCAACCAUUCAAUAGUGAACAUAGUCAGAAAUGGCGUCCGUGAAUCAAGGAAAAAUUCCUGAAUAUUUGAACGAGAAUCUGAUCAGAAAGUCGCUUGUCAAUGGCUUUCAAGAUGAAAGUGUUGCUGUGGAGAACUUCAACAUUACUCCCGCGACUUCGGCGGGUGAUAACUACAUGAGUGAUGUGUUUCGUGUUCGAGUGGAAUAUCGGACUAUUUCGAACGAGGAGGAGCCGUGUAAAAUUUCACUGAUCGUUAAGUGUAUGCCCGACGAUGGUUCUCGUGGCCAGAUGCUCAAGGAAUUAGAUCUGUAUGAAAAAGAAGCCGAAAUGUACCGAAGCGUGAUCCCAGAACUGUCCAAAAUAGCCGACAAUGAAUUUUUCAGCGCCAAACUUUUCUACGCCACACAAACCCCGGUGCGUAUGUUAUGGUUCCAAGAUCUUCGACCCCUGCAGUUCACUAUGGCUGUUCGCAAGACAGGAUUUGAUUUUGACCAUUGCGCCCUCGUCAUGAAAAAAAUUGGAAAAUUCCAUGCCGCGUCAAUGUUGUACGCCAAACAGAACAUGGCAAUGCUAGAAAAGCACUUCCACUUCCACUGGUACAACCCAGAUGUCGAGAGCAGGAGCAAGCUUCUCGAUGGUAUUCUGGAGAAAAACUACGCUGUGCUUCUCAAUGCCAUCGAACACGAUUGGGCGGAUUUCGAUCCAAAUUUGUUGGCGAAAAUGAAAGAGCUGUCACCGUUUUACGUGUCAAAGUUCGAGAAGUGCAUGACUCAAAAGUUCGACAACGGAUUCAAAGUGUUGAACCAUGGCGAUCUGUGGUGUAAUAAUAUGAUGUUUCGAUACGAUCCAGUUUCGCAUAAAGCAGAGGAGGUCAUCUUUCUGGAUUAUCAAACCAGCAACUACAACAGCCCCGGACUUGAUUUGAAUUAUUUCUUGUCAACCUGUUCCGGGCUGGAUGCUCGCGAUCGAAUCGAUGAACUGAUUGAAAUGUAUCACGGUGCACUCAGCGAUGCAUUGGCAUCAAUUGGAUACUCUCCGAUUCCAACGCUGGCUGAUGUUUAUCACGAGCUAGACAGAAUGGAAUUCCUAGCUCUGGUAUCGGUUUCAUCACUUCUACCCAUUGUCUUAAUGGAAGACACAGAUAUCUACGAACCCAGCUUCGACACUAUGGUAAACGAUGAUGAACUUUCGGAGAAAAGAAGAAAGAUACAGUUCAGCGGGAAGUUGUAUCGAACUAUCGCAAAACCGCUGCUGAAAAAAUAUGACGAAAAGAAGUUGUUCGAUGUUUAGAUAAUAUUAUCUAACCUUAACAAA